AUGAGGGCUCGCAGUAAACCAAAGGGCCCGACAGAGGCCGAGAAGAUGCGUGUCCUUGUUGCUUACAAGAAUGGGGAUGACUGGAAACUUGUCGCCAAACACAACGGUGUAUCCGUGACAACCGCACGCCGCGUCGUCAACAAUGGACAUGUCAACCAGAAACCGCGAGGGGGCGCACGCAUGGGACGAUCCAAAGUGACGCCUGCGAUCCGUGAGGCGUUGGAGCGCUAUGUCGACCAGAACUGUUCGUACACCCUGACCGCCAUGAAAGAAUUCGUUGCCAACGACUUCCCCGGAACUGAACUCUCUUUGCAAACAAUUCAGUCGUGCUUCCGCCGUCGAAGGGACCAAACCUUCAAGUGCAGUGUGCUGUGUCGGCCGAACAAGGCCUUGUUUUGCCAUCGGUUGGAGCGAGGAAGCAUCAAGAUGGCGCAAAAUGCUGCAUUCGUCGAAGAAAUCUAUCAGGCCGUGACGUCAAGUGCCACUUGGGAUGCCAACUUUCAAGGCAAGAAGGUGGUAAUUGUGCUCGACAACGCACCUGCACACUCACAAACCGAGCAGCGAGUUCAGCCGCACGAGGACGUGGUACUUCUGCGCCUUGGGCCGGAGUUCAAUUCCAUCCUGGAAAGUCGAAUGCGAUUGCUCCAAGAAGCUGCCCGGGAAAGCCUACCAUGUAUUACCCAGUCGUUGGUUAUUCGGGAGGCUAUGUUUUGUCAGCGCAAUGUCGAGAAGGCGCUUCGAUUCGAGGAUAUGUCCUAUGGAAUGUGA